CGUCUGAAGGUAUCCGAUGAAAUCUCGAUGGGUGGCGAACGCUAACCUAUCAGCCGUGUGCGUGAGAGGUGCAUUUGUGUGUGGAUGCGCCAAUGCAUAAUAUACCGUUGAGUUAUUCCGACUUUCGUAUAUAUCAUUUACCGAUGCUAGCACCUUUUGUGUAAUUUUACGUAUCGCCGAUUAACGACUAGAUGAUGUAUCGGUCGAGCUAAGUUGAAGAGGUUAAAAAUCGGCGACAGACCGAGGCAAGGUUCGGCGCAGCGCUCUCACGGACGGUCGGUCGUUGUCAUUUGAAAACGGAAGCCAUCUUGUUCCCGAGCCUCCCAUAUUAUACAGGGAAUAAUAGUCCACCGGAGAUUUCUUACGGAAAAUUCGCUCGUACCUUUUUCAUUACGUCCGGACUAUGUAUGAACCAUUCUGCCAUACGUUUACAUAGCCAUGGCUGCGACGAGAAAGUUGCAAGGUGAAAUAGACAGGUGCCUUAAGAAAGUAACGGAGGGUGUGGAGACUUUUGAAGAUAUCUGGCAAAAGGUCCACAAUGCCACCAACAGCAACCAAAAGGAGAAGUACGAGGCUGAUCUUAAGAAAGAGAUCAAGAAGCUUCAAAGGUUACGCGAUCAAAUUAAGAGCUGGAUCGCUUCUGGCGAAAUUAAGGAUAAAAGCACAUUACUCGAUUACCGGAAGCUAAUCGAAACUCAAAUGGAAAGAUUUAAGGUCGUAGAGAGGGAAACGAAAACGAAGGCUUAUUCUAAGGAAGGUUUGGGGGCAGCGCAGAAGCUCGAUCCAGCCCAAAAAGAGAGAGAAGAAGUCAGUAACUGGCUUGCGAACUCCAUAGAUGCUCUAAAUAUUCAGCUGGAUACGUUUGAGUCGGAAAUAGAAUCGUUACUUGCCGCAAAGAAAAAAAGGCUAGAUAAAGAUAAGCAGGAUAGAAUGGAUGAAUUGAAAGCAAAGCUUGAAAAGCAUCGAUACCACAUCCGCAAGCUGGAGACAUUAUUGCGCAUGUUGGAUAAUAUGUCUGUCGAGGUUAAUACGAUCAAAAGGAUAAAGGACGACGUCGAGUAUUACAUUGAGUCAUCGCAAGAGCCCGAUUUUGAGGAGAACGAGUACAUUUACGACGAUAUCAUUGGCCUUGACGAGGUAGAAUUGUCCGGUGUUGGCAUUCCGUCGUCCGCGACAACGGAUAGCAACAAUAGCAAUGAAACCGGAGGGACGCCAACGUCGACAAACUCGGGGACCUCGCCGAUACCAUCGCCUCCGUUGAGUUCGACGAUGCACAACCAUUCGAGCGAUAGUUCAACCGAUACCGAUAAGAAAACCAAGCCAGUAAAACCAACAGCAGUCAGGCCGCUAAUGAACUCGCAAGCGAGCAUUCCAACGACGGGAAGCACUGCCAAUCUGAAGUCGAAUCUGUUAUCGAGCAGUACACCGAGCAAGACCAUUCCCAUGACGCCGAGCCACAGCUCGCCCAGCUCGACGAAUAACCACGUAGCUACGACGAACGCGGGCAACUUCGCCACGGUGGCGGCAUCGCACAGUAACUCGCAAGCCAUUCACUCGACCUCUAGCAAAACCUCGUCUCAUAAUAGCGAAAACGGACUGCUGUCGUCCUCGUCGGCGUCCAGCGUCGCGUCGAACAUCCCGCAGGCGAUCUCGCAACAGCAGCAGCAGCAGCAACAGCAGCAGCAGCAAGUCCAGCAGCAGCAGCAGCAGGCGCAACAGCAACAGCAACAACAGCAGCAGCAGCAGCAACAGCAGCACAACAGCAACAAUCCAACGAUCAUGCAGGCGAGCCACGCGUUGCACAGCCAACAGAGUCAGAACCACAACAGCGAGGCCGAGAUGACGACGCCGAUCCCCCCGUCGUCCUCGCCGCAAUCCUCGACCAGCAGCAGGUCGUCGCCUUUGCCGGCGAACUCGUGCUCGCCCGCCCCAUCCACUGCCAACGGUCUCAUCUCUAAGCUUCCCGACGGCAUGUCCUCGCUAAAGUCAAUCGCCCAACAGGUCAUUGUCCGAGCAGGUCUGGAGAUACCGCCCUCAGAGCCCACCAGGAACAUCUUCGACAACUCCAAGGCGAGCAACACCACCUCGGAGGCUCACAUUCCGCCGCUUCUGGGGGUCGCGCCCCUGGGCCCCGUACCCCUCCAGAAGGAGCACCAGCUCCAGUUCCAGAUGAUGGAGGCUGCUUAUUAUCACAUGCCUCACCCGUCCGACUCGGAACGGCUCAGGUCUUAUCUCCCCAGGAACCUGUGCCCUACGCCGCCUUACUAUCAACAGAUGCAGCUUCCCCACUCGGACACCGUCGAGUUUUUCCAGCGGCUCUCGACGGAGACGCUGUUCUUUAUAUUCUAUUACAUGGAGGGCUCGAAGGGCCAAUACCUGGCUGCGAAAGCCCUGAAGAAGCAGAGCUGGAGAUUCCACACCAAGUAUAUGAUGUGGUUCCAGAGGCACGAGGAGCCGAAAGUCAUCAACGAGGAGUACGAACAGGGCACUUACAUCUACUUCGACUACGAAAAGUGGGGGCAAAGAAAGAAGGAGGGCUUUACUUUUGAGUACAAGUACUUAGAAGACAGAGACCUCAAUUAAUCCGAGAUCUGUCGCUCGCGGAAACGUCUCCGAGAAUGCACUAUUUCUGUACCGGUAUUAUCGAAGAAGAAAAAUUUAAAAGACAGAUUUUAUUUUUUACGAUUCUAUAUUUUCACAAAAUAUAAUUUUAUUUAUUGGUAAAGAAAAAAAAACAAAGGUAUCGUUGACAACAGGCGUAGGGGGAGAGAGAUGGAGAGAACGAGGGAGGGUGAGUGAGAGUGAGAGAGGGACAUAAGGACGCUUAGGCGAGGAAUCGCGUGCAGAGCGAGAGAAGAGAUGUCUUGCGGAAGAGGAGCAGGAAGAUACGGUGAAGAGAGAGAGAGAGACAGAUCGAAGGCACUUCAUUGCAUUACGACGUCGCGACGACAAAGAUCAUCGACCCCCGCUAUUCCCUUUCCGAGCGAACGAGACGGAGGAACGAAGGAAGGAAAGAAAUAGAAUCGCAAAACCGACGGAGAGACCGAAAGUCGAGCUUUUAUCGGGGACCGUUCAGGGAGAUAGGAGAGACGGAAGAGAGAAAGAAAGAGAGAGAGAGAGAGAGAGAUACCGGCCCGCGACCACCAGGAGGAGAGACAGAAGCCGGGUCGACCGGCGAUCGCGGUGGUGCGCGGACGUGUGAUAAAAUAUGGAGAACUAUGGGGCAAAAAAAAAAUAACAAACAAACAAACGAACUUGAGUAGAGAGCGAGGGAGAGAAAACACGAGUUAGAGUGAGAAAGGAGGAAGUUAUACUCGCUGGCGACUGACUCUGUAAUACCAGUACAAACAUGCGUGCGGCCCACCUGCCCUCGAGGAGCAAGGUGGAGGGCGCUCAUGCUAUGGUAUGUCUUAAUGUUAGAUUAUAAGUAGCCUUUUUGUAUAAAGUAUAUUGAGGUAUGAAGCCCUUUAAAUUGAAUUUACUGUACAGAAUCUGUGUAGAAAUAGUGAAAACGAAUAAUAAUAUUAUGGAGUAUAUUUUAUUUCUCAUUCUCGAGGGUGGAAUCGAACCUGGGUUCUCUGUCAGCACUCGACGAGAGUCGGGGAAGUCUCUCCGUCUCGCGAGACGCCCCGGUAGUAUUGUAAUUAACAACGUAGGUGCGGAACUUAACGACAUUCCAUCCAUUAGGCUCGGCUUCAAGCGACUAGACGCCGUAGACACUCUCGUACCCUUCCGGUUAAUCGCCCGCCCCGCUCGCUCGAAGGAACCGACUCGCGUUAUCGUUGUAAUCAGUGCUAGAGGCUAGACACAGGAGGCCCGUAGAAAUGCGUUGCCCCCCCUUUUCGCUCCACGACCCGAGAUCCGAGAUUAGCGAUCGCCGAUAUCUCACCCUGCACGCUCGCCGCUAAGAAUUGUAAUCCACCGACGACCGACUGCGUUUGUAAUUACUCUGCGUACGAGUAGCGGGGAGAAAGGAAGGCCGUCGUCUUCUUUGUAACGGGCUUUAAGCCCCGGAAGCGAUAUCGGGAAUCGUUAAUUCUCCCUUAAGGCGAUGGAAAACUGGCAUCGGACAUCUCGUUUGUGAAACUUCCCCGGACUGGGUGCACCGAAUCGUUUCAAACUUCAGUGUGAAUAUUAAGGCUAUAAGGAAGGUCCCGACACACGUGGAAUUCGGUUUUUUAUACAAGAUUUUCAAAAGGUCUA